CUGGCUUCUGCCCCCCACCCCGUCUUCUGUUUGGGUUCUUCUGCUCUUCUAUCACUUCCGCCCCUGCUUCCAUCACCUUCGCGGGUUUGAUCCUCUAAUGCUGGCAUUUUGAAUCCCGCCGACGUUCCCAUCCGGUUCCGACUUUUCUCCCCCUCCUCACCCUUCCCCCGUCUUUCGCGCCCUCGCGGUCGUUCCUCUCCAGAUGGGCAACAACCCCUCCAAGGGCCCUAUCGGAGAAAUUCCGUCGGCUUCAAGCCCUUCAACGCCCCCGGCCUCUGCAGAAAAGAAAGUAACGCGCCAACCGUCGCUCAAUGCGUCAUCCGGUACCUUCAAGGCGACCGCGGUCGACCCCUCCGCCUCAAAAGAAAAUGCAACGGGGCACUCAACGUCACAAACCCAAGCUCCGGCACAACAACGUCUGCAAUCUCGCAAUCCUCCAGAUUCAACCCCACGAAAUGUUCCCGAUUCAAAGAAGCCCCAGUCUCGUUCCAAGGACAUCGCCUCCCCCGAUCCGUCGAACCCCGUGCAGGUUCCAGUUUCUCGUGCUGCCGCCAGGCGUGAUCCCUAUCCACCCGUAGGGCCGUCUGCUCCGCCUCACAAUACCUAUUACAGUGCGUCCACGCAUCUUCAGCGUCCGCCUCGAAUGCCCCUACCGAUCGGCGAUGCGACGACUACGCCCGGGUCGCCCAUCAUUGGGCCGGACGAUUCAUAUAUGGGAUCGCCUCCCUCCGACCCGCUAUUAGAGCAGGGCGCCGGUCCGAGAGAAUCGAAUUUGAGCAGCACGAUUGCCGAUGACGAUGAAAUGCUGGACGACCUCGGCCCUAAUGCUAGCACUGGUGUGGGUCGCGCCGUGCCCACGAUAAUAGAAUGGACUGCUCCUGGAGACAAGGUCUAUGUCACCGGAACCUUUGUCAACUGGGAAAAGAAAUUCCGUCUGCACAGAGGCGAAAAUCCCUCCGGCGUCUUGUCGGCGAAAUUGAAUCUUCGCCCGGGGACACAUCAUUUGAAAUUCAUUGUAGAUGGCGAAAUGAGAGCGUCGGAUAACCUCCCGACCGCGGUGGACUUCACGAACCACCUGGUCAACUACGUUGAAGUGAGCGCGGACGAUAUGAACCGAGCGCGGAGUCAUAGCGACAAGCAAUCGCGGAAUGCGGCGACUCCGGGGAUUCACCCACCUCAAGCUCCUUCGGAUCCGGUGGGAGCAUCGCAGGAUGAAUCCGCCGUAGCAGACCAGGCCGAAAAGGAGGAGCCCGAGGAGAUUCCGAUGGGCGACUUCCGCGGCAUUCUUCCGCAAUUUCUCGUCGACUUGGACAGGGAGGAUGAAACCCAAGAAACUCCCGCUUAUCAGCAGGCCGUCAACAUUAUCGGCGAAGCGCCCACUCCGCCAAGCCUUCCUCUGUUCCUAGGAAAAUCCAUCCUAAACGGCACCACGCCGAUGAAGGACGACAGCAGCGUUCUGAACUAUCCCAAUCACACGGUCCUCAAUCAUCUCGCCACAAGCAGCAUCAAGAACGAUGUUCUGGCGACGAGCGUAACGACCAGAUACAAGCGCAAGUACGUGACGACAAUUCUCUACAAGCCGACAGGAGACAUUACAGGUUAGCACAUGGUGUACAGGUGCCAUUGGACAUUAGUUUACUCGUUCUUUUCUUUUCUUUUCUUUCUCGCCUACAUAUACAUCUCGAUGGCCCUUGCAAGAGACCCUCCGCAACCCUUCGGGCCGUUUCCUGCUCUGGAUCUUUGUUGAUAAGGGCAAACUUGCUUUGCUUUUGCGAGUGCCGCCCUAUGCCAGGUUGCCAGGUUGCCACCUUGGCAAAUGGAGCGUUUCGCAAAUGAACGGACAAAAUCUGUUGUGAUUUGACCACCCACGGUGGCUGGAGUAGAUCCCAAGCCGUUCAUGGAAUUUGGAGAUUCUUUUAUUUGGUCUGUUGUUCCUGUCGUGGAGCUUCAAGAAAUGCUGGAUUAGCGAUGAGAAUUUCAUGGCAGUCGAAAAUCGGUUUAGCCUUGUUAUUUCUGUUUGUCAUUUAGUUCCAUGUUGAACUAUCACGCUAGUGCAUAUUAUAUCCAAUG